UGUGAAAGGAUGUUGGAUUAUGUCAAAGGCUUCCUCUAUAUCUACUGAGCUGUGCUUAUUUUUGAUGUGGUGAACCACACCAAUUGACUUACGUAUACUGAACCAGCCUUAGUGGGAUAAAUCCCACUUGGUCAUGGUGAACAGUCUUUUUGAGAUACUGCUGUAUUCAUGGCUAGGAGUUUGUUCAGUAUUUUAACAUCUAUGCUAAUCAGAGAUAUUGGUCUAUAGUUUUCCUUUUUUUUGUUGUGUCCCUAUCUGCUUUGGGUAUCAGGGUGAUAUUGGCUUCAUAGAAGCUGGAAGGGAGUGUUCCUGUAUUUUUGAUUUUUUUUUUGGAGGAGCUUUAAAAGUAGAGGUACUAACUGUUUCCUGAAGGUUUUGUAGAAUUCAUUUGUAAAGCCAUCUGGUUUUGCACUUUUAUUGUUGGGAAGAUUUUUAGUAACUGUUUCGAUUUCUUUGUGAUUCAUGUAUUUAGGUUCUGUAGUUCUUCCAGGUUCAGCUUUGGAAGGAUAUACGUUUCUAGGAAUUCUUCCAUUUCUCCCAGGUUCUCUAGCUUGAUAGCGUAUAGUUGUUCACAGAAGCUUCACAGGGUAUUUUGGAUUUCUGUGGUGUCUGUUUUGAUAUCUACCCUAUCAUUUACAAUUCUAUAUUUUGAAUCUUCUCCAUUUUUUUUUUUUUUUUUUACUGAGUCUGGCUAAGGUUUUGUCAAGAAUUUUGUAUUUUAAGUUAAAUAAAUAUUCAAACUUCUUGAAAAUGUAACUUGUAGUUAAAGGUCAUUAAUGAUGAAAAAGCCUAAAUAUAAAUGUCUAGUAUUAAAAUUAUUUUUCUUUGUUGAAAAAAGAUCUUGUGAUGUCUUUUAGUGUAAUUUUUAUUCGUAGUUUAACAGUGGCUUACAAGACUUUAAGGUUAUGUGCUAUAGUUCCAUGCCACCCAAAGCCUGGAAACUCCCAUUUUUGGACUCUGUUCUCUAGCUCUCUCUACUAACCGAGAGCUUCUUGCUUCUUUACAGCUGGUUUGCCGUCCACCCCGUCAGUAUGAACAACAGCAACCAUCUGGUCAACAGCGACAACGUGGGCUAUGCAGCUUACCUUUUUGAACAAGAUAAGAACCGAGGACACCUUCCUGGAGAGGGACCGUAUGUGGCAGCUUUUGCUUCAUCAAAUCUAGGAGAUGUGUCUCCCAACAUUCUCGGCCCACAUUGUAUCAACACGGGAGAGUCCUGUGAUAACGCCAACAGUUCCUGUCCCAUUGGUGGGCCUGAAAUGUGCAUGGCCUCGGGACCGGGCCAAGAUAUGCUGGAGAGCACUCAGAUGAUAGGGCACCUCCUGUAUGAGCGAGCCAAGGAACUGUAUGCUUCUGCCUCCCAGGAGGUGACUGGGUCCCUGGCUUCAGCUCAUCAGUGGGUGAAUAUGUCUGACGUCACCGUGUGGCUCAACUCUACACACACAGUAAAGACGUGUAAGCCUGCACUGGGCUACAGUUUUGCAGCUGGGACGAUUGACGGAGUUGGAGGCCUUAAUUUCUCACAGGGGACAAUGGAAGAGGAUCCGUUUUGGAAAAUGAUCCGGGAUCAGCUCUUGGGCAUACCCUCUGAAGAAAUCAAAGAAUGUCACAAACCAAAGCCCAUUCUUCUUCACACUGGAGAGCUGUCAAAACCUCAUCCUUGGCAUCCAGAUAUCAUUGAUGUUCAGAUUCUCACUCUUGGGUCCCUGUCGAUAGCCGCCAUCCCUGGAGAGUUUACGACAAUGUCUGGACGGAGACUUCGGGAGGCAGUUGAAGCAGAAUUCACAUCUAAUGGGAUGAAGAAUAUGACUGUUGUUAUUUCUGGUCUGUGUAAUGUUUAUACCCAUUACAUUACCACCUAUGAAGAAUAUCAGGCUCAGCGCUACGAGGCAGCGUCUACGAUUUACGGGCCACACACCCUGUCUGCUUACAUCCAGCUAUUCAAAGUCCUUGCUAAGGCGAUUGCUACAGACACAGUUGGCAACCUGAGCAGUGGUCCAGAACCUCCAUAUUUCAAACAGCUGAUCAUCCCAUUAAUUCCUAAUAUUGUGGAUAGAGCACCAAUAGGCACGACUUUUGGUGAUGUCCUGCAGCCGCUGAAACAGAUAUAUAGAGUGGGAGAAGUUGCUGAAGUUACAUUCGUAGGUGCUAACCCAAAGCAUUCAGCAGAAAACCAGACCUAUUCUACCUUUCUUACUGUGGAGAAAUAUGAGGCCACUUCAGAAACGUGGCAGGUAGUGACUAACGAUGCCUCUUGGGAAACUCGUUUCUAUUGGCACAAAGGACUCGCAGGUCACAGCAAUGCAACAGUGCAGUGGCAUAUUCCAAACACCACUCAGCCCGGAAUCUACAGAAUAAGAUACUUUGGAAAUUACCGCAAGCUGAAUUUCCUCACACCUGUCAUACUUCCAUUUGAAGGCACUUCUUCCACUUUUGAAGUAGCAACGACUUAGAGAAAAGCUGACAGUUCAUUUCACAGAGUAAAAUUACAUAUAAUUCAUUUGGCAAUUGAUUGGCAGGAAUGUGAACAAUCAGAUUGAUGUCUGGAAUUGUCCCUCUUAGGAGACUGAGGUCUUACUGCUGAAGGCUCAAAGCGGAGUGUGUGGGGCUGUAGGAGAGGUGGCAGGUGACAUGUGUGUGAGUUGGGUGUCCUCAUGCAUCUUGCUUUAAUGCUUCUGUUAUCUUCUGGCUCAUAACUUUGAUGUUUAAAGGGACCAUUAUUCUAUUAUGAAGCCUCUGAAAUUCAUGUUAGUAAGAGCAAAGUUAUGUGAACAGUGCUUACCCUAUUUAUUUAUAGAGUAAGUAAGUGUUAGCACUAGAAAUUUUUGAAGAGAUCACACUGUCUGAGCCUUUAUUUUAUAGAUGGGAAAAAUGAGAUUUUUUUUGCAUUUAAGAUUCUUAUGAAUCUAUAUGGCCUUUCCCUUUAGUGGCUUUGAAAUUAUUUUUUUAGCUGUAGCUCCGUGACCACAACAAUCCUAUAAACCAAAAUUUCUUCGCUAGUGGAAAAAAUUAUGUGAUAAUGACUAGAGAUGUGUAAGUCAAUAGAGAAAAUUAGCAUGUAUAUUUUUCUACAUUGAGCAUAUUCUUCCAAAGUCACCCUGAAGUUAUUACACUUAAUCCAGAACAACUAAUGCUCAAAUCAUUUCUGGAAUUGCCUUCAGAGAAAAAUUAUAAGAAACUUAGACUUGUAAUGUUUCGACCAUGCUGUGUGUUUUCUUAAGUGCCCUUAUGCCACUAAAUCCUGUCUCUCACUCCUAAGGUCUGCUUUACAUAAUUUUUUACCAUUUUCACUAAUUACAUUCACCCAAGCAUAAAACUUUGUUAUUUGUGUAGAUAUCAGAAGGAGGUCACUGUGGAGAGAAUUAAAAACAUAAUAAUAAAGGAGCUCUAAAUUUAUGCGGGGUUCCGACUCAUUUGAUCUCCUCUCUUAUCGUUUUAUAUCAAACUUAUUUUCACACCCAACGAGUCAAGUCAUACUUGGGAUGGAUGUAUAAACACUCGACUUCGACUUCUGGAAAGGAGAUGUGUAACACAAUGAAGAAGUCACAGAAGACCAUGGCAGCCUCUGUGGUCUCCGUAUCUUGUACAUUGUCUCAGUCUUGUGUCCACAUCUGCCAGGAAAGUAGCACCAGACAGUGUGGAAAAAGCUGUUUUCACAGCUAUUUUAAAGUACUGUGAAUUCUGAGCCUAGUGUUCUGAACUAUCAGAUAUGAAAGUCUGACUUAGAUUGUCUGAAAUAGUUGAUUGCAUGUAAAAUCAUUCAAAUUAAUGAGAAAUUCUUAGGCUGCUAAAUAAAUCUCUAAAAAAUAUUCAUGCUCUAUUGUAUGUAUGUAAAGACUUUUCACAUUUUAGAGGGAAAUUAGCCUUUCACUUAAGAGCCAAAUAACCUUUGAAGAAAUGCAAAGUGCAUUUCUGUGUGGCUUACCCACUAUGAGCUAUCCUGUACCAGAGUAGAUCUGAACCUCUUUGCAAACUCAGUACCCAAAAAUGGCUGUUUCCACAGAAGUUCAUUAUGGCAGAAAUUGCCAAAAGGCUCCUUAAAGUCUAAGGAUCAUUUUCCCCUCUACUGACAGAAUAUUGAGUGUAAAAGUCUGGAGGCUGAAGAGAGCAGUACUUUAUUUUUAUUCUCUUUGUUUUUGCCGGAAAGCUGUUCAAUUCUAGCUUAUGUUGGGGCUGGGAAUGGAUUCUGGAGCACUGGAGUCUCAGGCAUGAAAAUUGUUUGCAUGACCAGUAUGCAAUCUGCCCAGUCCAAACAGAUGAUUCUUAAAAUGUUUCCCCCCCCCCCAACAGAUCAAUUUUAUUAGAACUGAUGAUGUGGUUUAUAAAGCAUUGCUCAUGAUUUAGAAGUUUCGGAACAUUUUCACAACUUCCAGACUCAGUCUGAUUCCCUUACUGUUUGUCCAGUUCUGUGCCAGAUCACAUGUUGUCUUGCUGAUUGUUCUGCUUCUCUGCUGAGCCCUCUGCCUGCCUGUACUCCUGACCCAAAUAGCCCAAUGAAGCUUGUUUUCUCAUUAGCUUAUGUCUCUUCUGGCCCACAGGAUUCCAUUUCUGUGGUUAGUUUGUGUGUACAAGUCAAGCCAUGUGAGCAAUCUAUUUACUGACAUACAAGUGCAGAUCUAGCUGUGUUUUUAUUUGUGGGUAGCAAUGGCUCAUGGAUGCCAAAUUAUGAGGAGAAAAUCUAUUCAAAUAGCAGAAAGUACUGGACAUAAGGAAUUGCAUUUGGGGAAGAAUUUUGAAGGAUGCUUUGUUCAAGUUAAAGGCUGUUUCAUUUUUUAUAUUCUGUAUAUGCUGAUUUUCAGGAUUCUGUGACUUCCUCAAUAGCUCUGAAUAACCCCUCUUUUUCAAGUUUUUUAAAAAGUUUUUUAUCUUUAUUUAUUUUUUGGGUAGAAACAGCCAGAAAUGGAGAAGGAAGGUAGGAGAUAGAGAGAAAGACAGAAAGACACCUGCAGCACUGCUUCACCACUUGCAAAGCUUUCCCCCUGCAGGUGGGCACUGGAAGCUUGAAUCCAGGUCCUUGUGUAUUGUAACAUUUGCGCUCAACCAGGUGCACCACCAUAAGGCCCCUAAAAUACUCUUUUAUAGUUAGGGUAAAAAACAUG